UGGGGGGGAGGGCGGGAGGGAGAUAAUACACGUGUAGUAUCUUGGGUUUAGCCACUGCCUAAAUAUAAAUUAAGCCCUUACCUUCCCAGCAACCCUCACUUCACGCCACCUUCUCUCCUCACCGCUCUGUCAAAAUGUUUUAAUCAUUACUUCACUACUCGUGUUGUCAGCUCCAGAUGUUGAACUGGAAGAGUCCCUACAUUAAUAUUCUAACUUUCACCCAGUCCUUGCAGUGAAGUAACUCUGACCCAGUUCAGAGCCGUGUUUGCUUUAGUUAAAAAUUAACCUGGUUCAUUGACCAGGGACUGCAGGCUGGACACUGUUUAGUACAGGGACCAACACUGCUCUCACAGGAUGGAGAGAGCCCGACUCACUGCCAUUACUGUCUGGUCACUUCUAUCUCUUGUUGACUCUGAGGCUUUGACCAUCUCAGUGAGUGAGAGGCUGAUUAAUGCAGCAGUCGGAGACCCUGUGCUCCUGUCAGUGAGACCGUCGGAGAAGGUGAGGAGUGGAUCUUGGAAACACAAUGGGUCAGAUGUACUUGUGUGGAUUAACACAACAGCAAACAUUAAUAAUGUUUACCUCGGGCGGGUGGAGUUCUUACAGAGUAACAGCUCCCUCCUGCUCAAAUCAGCCACUGCUUCAGACAACGGAGAGUACUGCGUUACCAUGAACUCAUUCGGUGAUGCUGUAGUGAAUACAACAAUCAUCCUUUCUGUGUUUGAGCCAAUCUCUUCUGUGUCUAUUAUAUCCAAUAUUUCGAACACAGUGAAAGAGAAUGACACAGUGUCCCUAAGGUGCCAUGUACUGGGAGAUUGGACCGAAAUAGUUUGGCUCUUCAAUGGGAGUCUUGUCAACAGCAAAGGGAAGACAACAUUUUGCUCAGGAAAUGCUAUGUUGAUGAUAAUUCAUGUUGACACAAGCAAUAUUGGCAACUAUCGAUGUAUUGUACGUAGCCCUGUGAGUGAAAAAGCAAGUGAGCCCUACUCCUUGAAGUUGAACAUGACUACCACCCAGUCAGAUAGCUACAGCAGUCAUGAAUGGAAAGCUGCAGUUGUGGUUCUCGCGGUGAUCUCCAUCACAGAACUCAUGGGAAUUGCUGUUUUACUCUUCAAAGUCCGGAAAAUGUCUCAUUCAGAAACGCAAAGAUACAUUCUACCAACAGUGAGUGGCACCAUCAGCGCGCCAACGUACGAAAACUUCCUGCCAUCAGUAAAUGACGAGAAAGAAUGUGGAAAUCAGGAUCAGUCCAAUUCAAACUACACAGACCUUCAGAUCAGUAACAUAUCGGUCUAUGAGCAGUUGGAAAGCAGGGAGACUAGAAUUGAAUGCAGUAUUCCAAAAGGGGCCUUACACAUAUUUGGAUAUAUGGAUGAAAUGAAACAAGGAACUGCAGAUAUUGGAAAUCUGAAACAAACAAAAACAGAAAUUGCGAGAGGAACUCAGCAGGUCUUGCAGCAUCUACGAAGACAGAGCAGAGUUAACACCACGAGUCCACAGGGACACCGCUUCAAAAAAGCCCUUGCCAUUUGCCAAGCAAGACGGAAUGCCCUGAGGAUGUGCAAGGCGCUAAGCGGAUGCAAGUAUUUCCUUGGUCAUUUACUCACCAGCUGAAUCUGGCACAAAUUGGACUAUUGAGUACUUUUUGAUGAUUUCAUCAUGGUGUGUGGGUCGCCCCAUUGAGUAGUUGUGUCCUGGAAUACAGUGCCUGGAAGUGUGGUGAGGAGACAAUGCCAUUGUUGCAGGGAUGGGGAAUUGCAGGGUUUCUGAUGAGCAGCAGAGGGCGCAUGUUGCUCAGGGGUCAUCAGCUUCUCACUGAUCUGCUAUCUCCAGCUCCGCCUUGUGGCUGCAGUAGGGGUUACAGCUCUCCUCCCUGCACACUUCAACUAAAUUCGUCGCAAGUUUCAUCAAGUUUUUAAAAUGCGCUUCAUGGGAGUCUUUGCACAAUGAAUAUUCAACGCCCCGUUUCACUAGGUGACCCAAAAAUGGCAAAAUAAAAGGAAGAAACUAGAAGAUGUACCCACAAUCGGGUAAAACCCAAAGCUUGCAGACAUCAGUGGUACAUUGGAGUUUCAUUAAUCUGUGCAAAAAUUUUAGAUUAAUCAGUGGCAUAAAUUUUAGCUCAUUUGAGCAAAAAACGUUGUAUCGAUGUGUAUAAAAAAGUGUUAGUUUGUGCAAACGUGCAAAAAACUUUAUUAAUUUUGGCACAAAAGUUGAAUCAAUCUGUGCAAAACUCUUGUCUUGAAUUUGAGAAAUAAGCCUGUGCUGAUCUAUGUAAAAGUGUGGUAUCAGUUUGUACAAAGAAUGUGUGUUAAGUUUU